AUGGAGAAUGAAGUGGUCUUGCAGCAACUUAUUAGAAAGUGUGGUGGACUUCCAAAAGUAAUAGUUGCUUUAGCUGAGAUUUUGAGCCCAGUCUAUAAUUGGGGAGAAAAGGCCAGUAUGUUGAAUGACAAUUUCGUGCUCAACCUGGAGACCAUGCCAGAGUCUGAUUGUUUACAUGGUCUAUUUAGCUGGAUGCAAUCCUACUUCGAUGCUUUGCCAAUGCACUUCAGGAAGCUUGUUGCAUACCUAUUAAUUUUCCCUGGACACAGCAGCACUCGGCGGCGGCGUUUGGUGAUGCGGUGGGGCGCAGAGGGGUACUCCACCGAUAGUGAAAGCUAUACAGCGGAUGAGAAUGGAGAGGAACAUUUUUCCGGGCUGGUUAACCAGGCAAUGAUUCAGCCACCACCACUUACAACAAUCACAAAUAUGAGAAUGGUCUCGUUUAAAGUCAAUGCUAUCUUCCGUGAGUACAUGAUCUCACGACCUCUGAAAGAAAAUAUUGCAACCGCAAUUGAGCUCUUUGUGCUCAAAGGAACUUGCAGUCCAACAAGUAGGCGCAGAGGACGGCACCUUGUCAUAGAACAAAGCUGGACAAGAGAUAGGAUAGUGUUUGGGAAAAUUGACUUUUCGAGGCUAAGGUCUCUAACAGUGUUUGGGCAAUGGGAAUCGUUCUUCAUCUCUGAAGGAAUGAAGGUUCUUCGGGUGCUUGAUCUUGAGGAUGCAUCAGGUGUGACAAAUAAAGACCUCCAGAACAUCUUAAAGUUGCUGCCCCGUCUAAAGUUCCUUUCUCUGAGGGGAUGCAGUGAGAUAAGCUAUCUGCCAAGUUCAGUGGGUCAACUAGGACAACUCCAAAUGCUUGAUAUCAGAUACACCAGCAUAGUCACCACUCCAGCGUCCAUCACUAAGCUAAAGAAGCUGCAAUACAUCCGGGCGGGCCCUGUGUUUUCACCUGAGGAUCCAUCAGCGCAUCGUUCUGUAGCAUUGAAGUUCUCAGACCUCCGCAGAUGCCAUCAACUAGUUGGUGUCAAGGUGAUGACUGGGAUCGGAAAACUGACCGCUUUGCAUACACUUGGAGUGAUCAAUGUUGGUUCAGCAGGGGGCAAAGGCAUCCUGAAAGAGCUCAAGAAUCUCACCCAACUGCACAAACUUGGAGUGUCUGGGGUAAGCAGGAAAAAUGGCAAGGUGUUCUGUUCUGCCGUCUCAUGUCAGUCCCACCUAGAGUCCUUGGCAGUGUGGCUCAGGAACGACAGUCAAAAUUGUUUAGAUUACAUGGUCGUCCCUGUGUUUGCAAAUGAACUUCAGAGCCUAAAGCUGUACGGUCAUGUAGAAAAAUUGCCCAGGUGGAUCAAGGAGCUUUACAACCUCAAAAAGUUAAAUCUGGAGUUGGACACAUUGUCGGACAAUGACAUGAAAGUCCUUGGGGAUCUACAACAACUAUGUGUUCUACGUUUUCGUGUCAAGCCACCUCAUGAUGGUAAUAUCAACUUUAAUGUGGUGGUAGAGGGUGAAGAGGAUCACAGUUAUAAAAACAUUAAGAUCCUCGAGAUUGCUAGCGCAUCCAACUUGCAUUUAACUUUUGGAUCACGAACCAUGAAAAACCUUGAGUUGCUCACGGCUGGCUGCUGUAAUAAUGGAUCGCAGCUGCAGUUUGAUGGGUUAAAUCAUCUCUCGAAACUUAAGGAUGUGCGAGUUAUUGGUUCUAAAAAUGAGAACCUAAGGAAAAAAUUGGAGGACCAAUUUGCUGGCCAUGGAAGCAAACCCGCUUUGAAGCUGGAGGAAGUUGUUCCGUCGACUGAGGCCUCCACUGGACGAAACAAUGAACACUAUAUGCCAUUUCCCUUUCAUUGUAGCACUCGAUGA